AUGUUGGUUUCGAGAAUUUUGUCGCGACUUUCUCGCAGCGCGGGCUUAAGCUCCUCUCUCGCCGCCGUUGCUCUUCCGGUGAGGAACAAGGCUCCUAUCUUCUCGAGCCGGUUUCACUCUGUCGUUCCCGACUUCUCUCACAAGCUUCUCGCAGCUCAGGUCUUAUCUGAUUCGUUUUCACUUGGAAGAUUCUCUUUUUCUUCCUCUACCUCGUCCAAAUCAAAUGAAAAAGAGAGCAACACUGAGGCCUCAAAGACAAGGGAAGAGAAAGCUACAGCUGAGGCAAAUGAAUCAGCUCCUGACUCGGAAUCCAAAGAUUCUGUGACUGAUUCUGCGCAGAGAAGACGGAAAGGUGCUAAACGAGCUGCAGUUUCUGAUACAGACUCCGAGAGCAGUGAUGAUGAUGAGGAGUUGUCAAUGGAUGAUUUGAUGAAGCUCGUAGCUGAGAAGGAAGAGCUACUGUCUGGCAAGGAGGAAGAGAUUAAGCAAAUGAAAGAUAAAGUUCUUCGCACUUACGCAGAGAUGGAGAAUGUCAUGGACAGAACAAGACGUGAAGCUGAAAACACCAAAAAGUAUGCCAUACAGAAUUUUGCAAAGAGCCUUUUGGAUGUGGCGGAUAAUCUUGGAAGAGCUUCUUCGGUUGUCAAAGAAAGCUUCUCAAAGCUUGACACUUCGAAAGAUUCCGCUGGAGCUGCUCCACUUUUGAAGACCCUUUUAGAAGGUGUGGAAAUGACUGAGAAGCAGCUUGCUGAGUCCGGAUACACGUUGUAUGAUCGAGUUAUAAGACCAGCGGAGGUUGGUGUUACUCAAGGAGGAGAGAACGAAGAAGACAAGAAAGAGUCUGAUGCUUAA